AUGGGCUUCAGCCUCAACAACCCGCUGCCCUCGUCCAUGAGCAACGAAUGCAAAAAGACGGGCAAGAUUCUGGCUUCGUUUGUUGAUCCUCGGCAAGCUUUUGGUCCUGACAAGAUUAUUCCGCCCAAUGUGCUUGCCAAUGCAAAGGGCCUCGCUAUCCUCACCGUCUUCAAGGCUGGCUUUCUCGGCACAGCCCGAUUCGGCUCGGGUGUGGUUGUCGCCCGCCUCGCAGACGGCUCCUGGUCGGCGCCCUCAGCCAUCGGAACCAUCGGCGGCGGCUUUGGUGGCCAGAUUGGCUUUGAACUCACAGACUUUGUCUUCAUCCUCAACGACGCCUCGGCCGUCCGCACGUUUGCCCAGGCAGGUUCACUGACUUUGGGUGGCAACGUCUCCAUCGCCGCAGGGCCGGUCGGGCGCAAUGCCGAGGCAGCCGGCGCAGCCAGUCUGAAGAGCGUCGCGGGCAUCUUCAGUUACAGCAAGACCAAGGGCCUGUUUGCGGGCGUCAGUCUGGAAGGCAGCGGUAUCAUCGAGCGGAGAGACGCCAAUGAGAAGCUGUAUGGCCGCCGCUGGACCGCCCGAGAGCUGCUGAGCGGGCAAGUCCCACCCCCACCUGCCGCUGCCCCGCUGCUCAGCGUCCUCAAUUCGCGCGUCUUUGCCGGUGUGGGAGGUGCAGCCAACGUUACCAACGACGCCAUGUACAACGACAUACCCGUAUACGACGACUCGCACGACAAUGUGGUAUGGCAGGGGCGCCAGGGCUCGGCCAUGGGCGAGGGCGUGCGACGCGACCGAACAGGCUCCAUGGGCCAGGGCUAUGCCAACAACAACGAAUACCAAUAUACCGACAACCCCAAACGCGCCACCUGGGCCGACGAUGUCUACGACCGCCAACCCUCGUCUGCAGGCAACAUCAACCGCUCCUUCUCUACGCGCGCCAACCCGAAUGAGACCUUUGAUACCAUGCAGAGCAGGGGGCGUGCUUCGACAUUCAACGACGACUACAGCUAUAGUGAUCGGAAGCCUGGACGGCCGACGGCGCCGAAACCAGUGUUUGGUCAGAAGAAGGCGGGGUUGGGCUCAGAUCAAGCCAUUGCAAAGUUUACUUUUGAUGCUGAUCAGCCCGGCGACUUGGCCUUUAAGAAGGGCGAGGUCAUCACCAUUCUGAAGAGAACAGACAACGAGACGGACUGGUGGACGGGUAGGAUAGGCGACCGGGAGGGUAUAUUCCCAAGUAACUACGUCGAGACUGUCUGA